GACGGCAAAGGCGGCAACGCCAGUGGCAAAGGGGUCGCAGGCAUGGCUGCCCGCGCAGCUGGGGCAGUCGGCUCAGCUCUCUUCGGCGGUCGUGGCGAUUCUCAGUGUACUCCUGGCUCCUCUCCUGCUGGUGUCCCUCGUGACCCUGCCCAGCCUCCACAUCAGCAGCCUCAAUAUGAUGAUGACUAUAUCAGGCACGUCGCAGCCAACGCAGUUGCUGAACAAUUCGGAGAGCUACGGUCCGAACUGGAAUCACUGGUUGGAUCUACCGUCGGUCGACCAGCAGAUUAUGGCCACUGUUCGCCCCCACAUCGAUUCCAUUCACCGCGGCUUGCAGUCCAAGAUUGACUCCCUUGGUUCCCACGUCAACACGCUCUCGAUUGAUUUUGAGAAGCACACCGCAGACAUUGCCAACCUACGUAAGCAGAUGGAGGAGCUCCGCGGCGAACUCAUGGUCGCCAAGCGCACAGAGAAGGCACCUACGGCACCGCCCUCCUUCGAUCGCGUGGAAGACCCCUCUGUUGUCGUCGCCAUGGCCACGAAAAUGGUUGGGAUCGAGUCUGUGCGUGCAUCACUUUCCCCUUUCUUGGCGGAGUUGGGCUUGGACGCAUCGUCUUUCACUAUCAAGUCCACUGGUCCGAUGCCAAGCAGAAGGUACCUCGUCUCAUUCAACGGCAGCGUUGGGCUCGCGUCCAAGUAUGUCAACAAGGUCUUAUCCAAUCUCAGGCAGAACGAUGAAUGGCGUAUCUUCGAGGCCGAGGUGUCAGGCUCUACCCCCGCUCGUCUCCAUCUCGGACCAGACAAAAAUCCAAAGCAAAUUAAAACGGAAAUGGCGCUCAGGAAGCUUCGCGCAGCCAUGGCGGGCAAAUGCGACGGACGCUGGGUUGUGGAUAGGGAGCGUGGGGUCCUCCGCUGUGGGUGGACGCACAUCCUCAAGCUCUCCGCCCAGCCUGAUGACCAGCCCUUCGACAUCUUCUACAACGACGAGGGCCUUAGUGAAGUCGGCAUUGCCAAGCACGAGGUACGUGAGCUGGUUCAGUCCACCAUUGCACCACCACCGCCGCCGCAGUG